GUCGCCGUCCCGGAAAUUGGAGAAGAAGAGAAAAAAACUGCGGAUGACGACGACCGUGUGCUGGCUGGACUCCACCUCGCAACAGAUGAAUAGCGAUACAUGGUCGGGAGUACCGACUACCGUGUUAUGUUUGACCGGCUCGCGGCGCCUCUCCUUUGCCGAGCAGCGUGAGCGGGGCCCCCGCCAGCCAGCCGAACAGCCAGCCUGAGCGAGCGAGCGAGCUUUCCCGCUUCCCUCUUUUCCCCGCUAUGGAUGUUCUCUUGUGGAUGGCCCCGCUGGUGAUGCCGCUCGCGGUGUUGCUGCUGCUGCUGCUUUGGAGCAGCGGUCACGCGUUAAUAUUUUAUUUCAAAAAGAUCUUCUACGUGGCUUGGAUGAUGGUGCUGGCGUUGGUGGCGAUACCGCUAUGUGUACUCAAGAGCGGCGGCAGGGACGUCGAGAACAUGAAGAUUGUCCGCGGCCUGGUUCGGCACGUCAAGUAUUUCCUGGGCUUGCGCUUCGACGUCAGCGGCUGGGAGCACCUGCAGACGCCGGGCCCCUACGUCAUCAUUUCUAACCACCAGAGCUCCCUCGACGUUUUGGGGCUAAUGGAGAUCCUGCCCGACCGCUGCACCAUGAUCGCCAAGAAGGAGCUGAUCUACGCUGGCUCGGUGGGCAUCGUCUGCUGGCUGGGCGGUAUCAUCUUCAUCAACCGCAAGAAGACCAGCGACGCCAAGAGCGUCUUGGGCGACGCCGCCAAAACCAUGUUGGACGAGCAGAUCCGUCUGUGGGUGUUUCCGGAGGGAACGCGGAACCAGCGGGGAGACCUGUUGCCCUUUAAAAAAGGCGCCUUCCACUUGGCCGUGCAAGCGCAAGUGCCCAUCAUACCAGUGGUCUUCUCCUCCUACGGUAACUUCUACUUACGGAAAGAGAAGCAGUUCAAGUCGGGGACCAUCCGGUUGAAGAUUCUCCCGAAGAUUGAGACCAAGGGCAUGACGCUGGAGGACGUGGCGUCUCUCGCCGACAAGUCCUUUGACGCCAUGCGCUCGGCCUUCCUGGACAUCUCCGGCUUGGCGUACGGCAACGGGCCCAUCAGGCACUGAGCACUUGACGCCAUUUUGUCAACCUCAGCCCAGUGCCACUUUUACCUCUCGCGACUCUCCGGCCAGGCGGCCGGUCCGCACAGUCCCGACCCUCACGAGGUACGCGAGCGGAGUGACGGACGGCGAGCCCAGCUGUACGGAUGUGCGUUGUUUUUCGUGCAUGCCCUCGCGCGUUCUUCGCUUUGGAUGCAGGUUUUUGGGGGUUUUUUUUCUUGGGGUGAUCCUCUCAUAUUGCCUUUUUGUUUGGGUUGUUUUGGGGG